AUGCAUACAGCUUCAGAUGAUUUAAAUUGCCAGUAUUAUUAUCACAAAAUAGCCUGUGAAAAAAGAUUAUCUCUUUCAAGUUGGACAACAUUAAGUAAUUAUUUCCACGAAUAUAUUCAAGGGGGUACUUAUCUCUUUCAAGCUUCUGUGGAUAAUUACAAUCCAACAAGUGAGCAUGAUUAUAAUAAUCCAUUAUUAUCCUCAACACUUUCACGGGAUCGCACUCUUAUUCUCACAUGGGAUAUCAAAAUAUAUGACUCACAAAAAACUGGCGAGAUGUCUAACGCAAAAUACAAUAAAAACAAAGUAUUUAUGAUUUGUAUAACAAUUCAUUGGAAAGAUGAUCCUGAACCGUUAAAGCGAAUCUGUCUUGUCAACGUUGAAAAGCAUCAGAUCCACGAAGAAAAAAGUAGUUUCGCAUAUUACUUAAAGGAGUGUAACCUUAACAACAAAGUGGAUUUGCUUAUUCAUCGCAUGAACAAAUAUUAUGAAAUGGCAUUAAAGGAAACAAAUAACACAACAGCUGAGCAGAUACAUGAAAUAGCCGAGUAUUAUAUUAUCGAUGCUCUUAGUUGCCAGCGGUUAAUGAUUAAGAAUGAAAGUGAGCAAUCUUUAAGUGCUAGUGCAUGGCGAAAAGGAAUUUUAACCAGUACAAUUUCAGAGAAAACAGAGACAAAGUAUUUCCAGAGGCUCGAAAAUAAACAUCCUGUAACUGGCUUAGACUUUGCGUCAUUAUAUCUGAGCCUUAUUAUGACUUACAACCUCUACCCCAAUAAAAUUAUUUUAUCUCAAAAACAUGCCGAGUCUCUGAGAGAACAUAAUAACGUUCCUGAAAAAAAAGGUCUCUAUGAUAUUAUAUUAGAAUAUUUAUCUAGCAGACGGAAUGAGAUAAAAAAACGCCUUACCCCUUUGAAAGAAAGAAAGGAAGACAUGGAACUAGUAAUAGGUUUAAUGGAUGCAGAACAAAAUACUUUGCAGGUAUUCAUGAACACAUUUUAUGGUAUGGCUGGAGAUAACAAGUCUUCUUUCUUCUUACGUAAACUUGCUGGAGGUAUCACUUCAGCUAGACAGAGAAAUAACAAACUUGUUACAAAUUUCGUCAAGAGAAAGAGAUUCGGGAUAAAAUAUGGAGACACUAAUUCCUUGUAUUUAAUCUGUCCAGAAGAAUGCUUCCAGAAGUUGAAAAUGGAAAAACUUCGCGUUAAAGCUAAUGUCUUUUUCAAGAAAGAUAAUGAAUCAUCUUAUCUUAAAAGGACAUAUGAGAAAGUCUUAUUUCUGGUAGUAUUUACUGGAAAGAAAAAAUAUUAUGAAUCUAUGAGGAAAAACAAUACACACACCUUGAAACGGGUUGUAGAGAACGUGCUUAAAGAAACUGUAAGGGAUAUUUCACAGAUAGAUCUUAAUGGAGUGGUUAAAACCACUGGCUUAACUCCUGACCCUUAUCGUUAUCAAAUCCCAGAACCAGAUGAACGGUUUGAAUAUGUUGUAGCUAAGUAUAAUUCAUCGAAAAAAGUGGGAACAAAAUGA